CUCCAUGGCGAGAUAAUGCGUGCUGCACAGCCAACACCUCUGCAGAAGCCCAUGACGAUGCCUCUUAUCUCUACAACUUCAACUGGAAUCACUGUGGUAUUAUGAGCAAGGAGUGCAAAAAACAUUUCAUCCAGGACACUUGUUUUUAUGAGUGCUCACCACACUUGGGACCCUGGAUACAACCGGUGGAUCAGAGCUGGCGUAAGGAGCGCAUCUUAGAUGUGCCUUUAUGUAAGGAGGACUGUGAAACCUGGUGGGAAGACUGCAAGAAUGAUAUCACCUGCAAAGAUAACUGGCACAAGGGAUGGGACUGGAGCUCAGGUAUCAACAAAUGCCCUGAAGGUAGCAAGUGCAGUAAGUGGACUGAUUUUUUUCCCACACCCAAAUCCAUGUGUGAAAAAAUCUGGUCCAACUCUUACAUCUAUACCACAUACACCAAAACCUCUGGGAAAUGCAUGCAGCUCUGGUUCACCGGCACAAACCCCAACAAGAAGGUUGCUGAGUACUACCUCAACAAUGGGCAGCAACAGCAAAGCUCUGCUCUGCCAACACUGCUCUUCCUGGCUGUCACAUCUCUCUCUGUAAUGAUUCAUUAAAAUUAAUAUUUCUGACCAUUGCUGUAUCACCUUGAAUUAAAACAGAUUUC